AUGAAUAAAGAUAUCAAGCAAAAGGACCAACGGGGAAAUGGAGACCCUGAUCUUGUUGACGAUUCCGGUAGUGGUAACGAGUUGCUGAUGGCUAUCAUAAAGCAACGAGCUAUGCAAGGAAGCCAAAAAGCAGAUCUCGACAACAUUGCUGCGGGUGCAAAUCGAGCAACGGGUGAGGGAGAUACUAGUACAAAGACCCUGGAAGAAGAUGGGAAAGCAAAACGUGACUACGCACCAUCGGCAGGACUACAAACUAUGAUGCCUGCUGUCGGUGUAGUAGCUCUUGACGAUGGAGACAAGCUGGCAAUAUCCGAAGGUACCCCACAAAUGUCCGCAUGGCUAACGGCCAGGGCUCAAACUGAUUGUUUACAGUACGAAAGCCCGACAACCGACUUGUCCACAUCAAAGAUGGACGAAGUUGAUCAAAAUGAAACAGCUCCUGGGGCUUACGCACAAACGGCAGGAAGACGGGAGCGCCGAAGACCCUCUUUCUUUGAAGAAACUACAGAAGACUUGGAUCUGUCCGAAGCGAAUGUGGACCUCGAGGAUCCAGGAAGCCGGCGUUAUGCACCUUCUAUGGCCACACAUCAAGAAAUGCCCCCCGCAGUCGAAAGUGAAGACAAUGGAAAUUCUGGCCUAGUCACAGCAUUUCCAGUACACGAAGAUGGCAUCACAACGGCUGAAGCGGUGGAUGAUAUCCAGCCAUCAACAAAACAGAGAUCGUUUUGGGUCAUUGCGGCAUCGGUUGCUGCACUUCUCUUUUUGGUUGCAAUUAUUGUUCCUACCACUAUCGUUGUCGUAAUGUCCUCCACAAACAAUGACCAGAGUGGCAAAGUCACAUCAAAUCCCAAACACCCAGAAGCGAGCUUGGCUCUGAGUCUCCCAGACUUCACAACUACCGCUAUUUUGGAGGAUCCAGUGUCACCACAAGCCAAAGCGUACAGCUGGUUGCUUGAGGAUCCCUUCUUUGAUGAGUUCACCGAGGCAAGAAAGUUGCAACGCUUUGUCCUUGCUACGUUGUAUCACGCCACCAACGGGGAUGGAUGGAGCAUCCAGAAAGACUGGCUGAGCUAUGAAGCACAUGAGUGCCAGGACUGGUACAGUCAAGUAUCCAACAUUCCUGGUGAAUUCCAAGUCUGCAAUGGAGAGGAUGAAUACACUUCAUUAGUGUUGACCUCCAACACGCUCAUUGGUUCCAUCCCGCCAGAACUUGGACUCUUGAGUUCUUUGCAACUCUUACUCCUUGGAAACAACUACCUUGCAGGGUCCAUACCACAAUCAGUUUGGGAUAUUCCUGCCUUGGGGAUGCUAGCACUGAACGGAAACCAGUUGACUGGGUCGUUGCUUCCUGAGCACUUGAAGGCCAUCCAGCAUGGCAUGAUAUCUGGGUCUAUCCCACCAGAGCUUUUCACCCACUGGGGCAAGCUGGCACACCUUGAACUCAGGGAGAAUGAGCUCAGCAGCAGCAUACCCACUGAGAUUGGGUUUCUGACUGCCCUGAAGGAAUUUUACCUCUAUGACUGCAGUCUAACUGGAACCAUCCCAUCAGAGAUUGCCCUGUUGAGCAACAUGACAAACUUUGUGGCCAGUAGCAAUGAGUUGUCUGCAUCCAUCCCAGAAGAACUGUGGGGCCUGACACACUUGAAUGAUUUCUUCCUAUAUGGGAAUCUUCUUUCCGGUUCUCUUGCAACUGAAGUAGGUCUCUUGACAGAUCUAGUGAGGUUGGAUGUGGGAGUGAACAGCAUGGUGGGCACAAUUCCCAGCACGUUAGGUCUGUUGACAAAGCUGACACACUUGAGGCUGAGUGACAAUGCAUUUGAAGGGAGUCUUCCAUCCUCCGUUUGGAAUUUUGCUUCCUUGGAGUUUUUGUGGGUGAAUGGCAAUGUCUCAGGUUCCAUCCCCGGAUCUGUUGGUGCCAGUUUGAGAGAAGUGAAUCUGACUGGUUCAACCUUCAUCAGUGGGACAAUUCCAACCAAUUUUUGCUCUAUUCAGCAACUAGACUUCGACUGCUCUGACAUUCUUUGUGGUUGUGAGUGCUCCUGUGACAUGGGUAAACAACCAUAG